AUGCCUCACAGCAAGAAGGUUGUGGUGCUCCCUUGGGUGGUCCCUCAGGUGCUCCCUCGGGUGGUCCCUCAGGUGCUCCCUCGGGUGCUCCCUCAGGUGGUCUCUCGGGUGGUUUCUCGGGUGCUCCCUCGGGUGGUCCCUCAGGUGCUCCCUCGGGUGGUCCCUCAGGUGCUCCCUCGGGUGCUCCCUCAGGUGGUCUCUUGGGUGGUCUCUCGGGUGCUCCCUCGGGUGGUCCCUCAGGUGCUCCCUCGGGUGGUCCCUCAGGUGCUCCCUCGGGUGCUCCCUCAGGUGGUCUCUCGGGUGGUCUCUCGGGUGCUCCCUCGGGUGGUCCCUCAGGUGCUCCCUCGGGUGGUCUCGGGGUCCUCAGGUGGUCCUCGGUCGGGUGCUCCCUCGGGUGGUCCCUCAGGUGCUCCCUCGGGUGCUCCCUCAGGUGGUCUCUCGGGUGGUCUCUCGGGUGCUCCCUCGGGUGGUGUCUCAGGUGCUCCUUCGGGUGCUCCCUCGGACUGCAGUGAGGUGCUCCACUCUGGCUCCACCUCCUCCGGCGUUUACUGGCUCCACCCCCCCCACUCCCCCCGAGGCUUCAACGCGUACUGCGACCAGAACACAGACGGAGGCGGCUGGACCGUGUUCCAGCGGCGGGAGGACGGGGAUGUGGAUUUCUUUCGGGGCUGGGACGCCUACAGAGACGGAUUCGGACGAACCACUGGAGAACACUGGCUCGGUCUGGAGCGCCUGGCGGUUCUGACCGGUUCUGGCGGGUUCGAGCUGCGGGUCGACCUGUGGGACUGGCAGAACGACUCGGCGUUCGCUCUGUACUCGCACUUCAGUGUCGCCCUGGACUCGGUGAACCCCGAGGAGGACGGGUACCCGCUGCACGUGGACGGGUACUCGGGCACCGCCGGCGACUCUCUCCUGAAGCACUCUGGGAUGCGGUUCACGACGGCCGACCGGGACCAGGACUUGUCGGAGAAUAACUGCGCCGGGUUUUACCGCGGCGCCUGGUGGUACCGGAACUGCCACACGUCCAACCUGAACGGGCAGUACCUGGGACGACCACACGGCGGCGCCCACCACUCCUACGCCGACGGCAUCGAGUGGAGCUCCUGGACCGGCUGGCAGUACUCGCUGAAGAAGACCGAGAUGAAGAUCAGACCCAGGCCGGGACCGGGACUAGACCGGGACCAGGACCAGACUAGAGACCUGGACCAGACUAGAGACCUGGACCAAACUAGAGAUCCGGACCAGAGCAGAGACCAGGACUAAUCCAGAGACCAAACCAGGACCAAACCAAGACUAACCAGAGACCGGCCGACAGGACUCGCUGAAGAAGACCGAGAUGAAGAUCAGACUGAAACCAGGACCAGGACCAGGACCAGGACUAGACCAGACUGCAGUACAUACAUGUGCUCUGUGAUGUGUGUCAGGUGCCCUUCCAUGUGUCAGGUGCCCUCCCCAAGUGUCAUGUGCUCUCCCAUGUGUCAGGUGCUCUCCCGUGUGUCAGGGGCCCUCAUGUGUGUCAGGGGCCCUCGUGUGUCAGAUUUUGUUUUUGUAAAGAAUCUGAAUAAAACAUUUUUUGACAAACUCCA